AUGAUGAGCUCACAUUUAGAAGAGAAGCGCGCGGCAUUGCUGGGUCUUGCACCAAAAAAUGACAAAUCCAAAAGUGAAAAUCAAAAAGGCUCCUCAUCCUCUCGCAAACGAAGCAAUUCUGCCUCAAAUUCAUCUUCAACUACUUCUUCCACAACUACCACUUCAUCGGGCUCUGGUAGAAAACGGAACAGUGCCAACACUAGCAGCACUUCCAAUUUGCAAUCUUCUUCACUUACUUCAUCGAAUAGCAAUGCCUCUCUUUCCUCUCUCUCCUCUACCACAAAUUCCAAUAUUCCUUCCUCAUCAUCACUGACUGUUUCUCCUCCUAUUGGAUCUAAUUUACAAGUCUCUCAUAAUUCAGCUACUUCCAUUACCAUCAGUCUGAUACAAACACCACCCAUCUCGAGUGCUCAUAACUCUUCCUCUACGAGUAGCAACCAUAACACGGUGGUUCCGAGCGGUGUUUCUUCUUCAUCAUUACAUCCAAUUUCAACAACUGGUUACAACCAAUCUGUACCUGUCGAGAGAAGUGGACGACUUGCUACGCCACCCUCCACGACAUCAACGUUGAGUUCAUCUUCGCAUGUGAGUACCACACAACCGAAUUUGAACCAUGACGUGCAUUCUAUAUUUCCUCCUCUAUCGACGUCAAACUCUCAACCUCCUAUUCCUGUUAUAUUACCAAAACCUGUUACACCAUUGCUAGGAGCAAAUGACAAUGAAAGCACAACAGCUGUAACAAUUGAUACCAAUAUGAGUGCUUCCGAUGAUGAGGAUGAGGAGAGCACUUUUAUUGAAGAAGACGAUGACGAAUCCUAUACCGAUGAAAGUGGUGAUGAUGAAGAAGAUGAGAAUUUCGAUGAUACAGAGGAAAUUGUUAUUGUCGAUGAUGACUUUUUCGAAAAGUAUUUGGAAAACGUUCCAGUUCAAGAACAAGCCCAAAUCAUACAAAAGAAUAUCAAUUCGGAACAUGUACAAUUCUUACACACUGUCACAAUGAUUCCUAUAACUACUUCUGUUCCGAGAUUAAAAAAACAAUUAGGGGCAGCUGGUUUUAGCAAGAAGCGAAUCACAAAGAAAAAGACGAAUCCCUCAUCAAUGCCUUUAGAACAAUUCUUUAAGAGGCUUAACACUGAACAGUUGAUCAAAUACCGAAGAUAUCAUAAUAUUAACUCAGUUACUAGAGCAAGCAGCCGAGAAGAAUUGGAGGCAUCUGCCAUCAAUCAUUUCAAAAACGAAUGGCAUUUUGUUGGAGAGAAUAGAGUUAUUUCACAAUUUCUUCACAGGUUAAAUCUGGCCAUACCCAGACUACGAGGAAACGCCAGCAGUGUGCUUCAACAACUAAGCGACCUAUGA